CCCCCCUCCCCUCUCGCUCCCUCUCUCUCUCCCUCUCUGCGGGUCUCUCUGCUGCCGCUGCGGUGAAUCUCUCCUCCGCUGUCAGAAACACGCAGCUCGGCUCUGUGUCCGUCCAACCGUUGAAAAGUGUAACAUCGUCUCAGCGGACCGCAGCUUUUUUAAAUCUCUCCCGCAGCAGCUGAAGAUCCUCUGGCGGCAACAUGGGAAAUGAAGCCAGUUAUGCCCUGGACAUGUGCUCACACUUUGAUGCUGAUGAGAUUAAGAGGCUAGGAAAGAGAUUUAAGAAACUCGACCUAGAUAACUCCGGGUCUCUGAGCGUGGAGGAGUUCAUGUCCUUACCAGAGCUCCAGCAGAAUCCCCUCGUGCAGCGAGUUAUCGAUAUAUUUGACACCGACGGGAACGGGGAAGUCGACUUUAAAGAGUUCAUUGAAGGAGUCUCCCAGUUCAGCGUCAAAGGUGACAAGGAGCAGAAGUUACGCUUUGCCUUCAGGAUCUACGACAUGGACAAAGACGGCUACAUAUCCAACGGGGAACUCUUCCAGGUCCUGAAGAUGAUGGUGGGAAACAACCUGAAGGAUACCCAGCUGCAGCAGAUCGUCGACAAAACCAUCAUCAACGCCGACAAAGACGGCGACGGCAGGAUAUCCUUCGAGGAGUUCUGUGCGGUCGUCGGUGGAUUAGACAUUCACAAAAAGAUGGUGGUGGACGUGUGACACCCUCGCACUAUUUUUUUUUUUUUCCCUCCUCCGCCAUUUUACU